AAACUGACCUUUUUGUAAAAUACCUUUUUAUCUUGUGCUGAAAAUUUAGCUUUUAUGUGGGGGCAGAAUUGCUAUGAGAAAGGCAUACGUAUAGACUAAUACUAUUCAAAAAAAGGUAAAGUCAUUCUGUAACAGCUUAAAGCAAAAGGAAGGAGAAGAAUCUAAAACUGGAUAAUUUAAUGCCCGCAAAGGAUAGCUUGAUAAUUUUAGGAAGAGGCCUGACUUGAAAAAUGUCAAGCAAACGGAAGAAAGAGCCUCUGCUGACCAAGCAAGAGGCAGCAGAUGAGUUAUCACACACCAUUAAGAAAAUCAUUGGGUCGUCCUGAAGCGGAGGCCAGAGAAGAGACAAGGGCAUGAGCGUCGGAGAGUUACAGCCAUGCCUUUCUUGGAUGUGCGGAAAAGGUUCGGAAUUAACCUAGAUCGGUCGUGGACAAUCCAAAGUGCCGAACAGCCCUACAAGUUUCCUGCUCGAUGCCAUGCUUUUGAAAAAGAAUGGGUGGAAUGUACACAUGGAAUCGAUACUACCCAGGCAGAGAAGGAGUGCAAGAUAGAAUAUGAUGAUUUUGUAGAGUGUUUACUUUGGAAAAAAACGAUGAAACGUAUGGAUACCAUCUGGAGGCAACGGGAAAAACUGAUGAAGGAAAGGAAGUACACCCCUCCACCUCACCACAUGGGCAAGGGGGAGCCUUGGCACUGAGCAGACACAGCUACUGAUUAUCUGGAGGCCGAUUUUCAUGUUCUCUGUUCUUCACUGGAAAGGUUGUUUAUGGAAAACCUCCUUAUCAAAGUGUGUAAAAAUAAAGUAUUGCUCCAUCCUAAAAAAAAAAAA